UUGUGUUCACUCUUCAUCUCCACAAACCAGUUGAACGUUGAGCCUUAUCGUUAUUUUCAAUGGCAUUGUCACAAUUUCGUUCUUCUCUCAAAUUCGGUAACCCAUUUCCAAUGGCAACACUCUCUUCCUUCACCGUCUCCUCCAAAACCCUAACCCCACCUAACCACCCCAAAACCUCGUCUCUCAAUUUCAACAACCUCUCCAUCCAUACCAAAAUCCGUACCUGGAACCCUAUCCAAAUUCGCGCGGCGGCCAAGGAAGAUUUCUCUUCUAACAAAAGCGGAAGCAAUGAGCAGAAGGAAACGAUUAUGCUUCCCGGUUGUGACUACAACCAUUGGCUCAUUGUAAUGGAGUUUCCUAAAGACCCUAAACCCUCUCGUGAACAGAUGAUUGAUACUUACCUUCAAACUCUUGCUACUGUCUUGGGAAGUUUAGCUUUUGGAAGAAAAAUGCAGAAUUUGUCCUCGCUCGCAAGGUGUUCGAUGAAAUGUCCCAACCGAAUUCCUUUUGUGGCGAAGUUUCAGCUUUUGGGACGAAAACAAUCAAUCAAUUGGGGUUGGCAUUAUGAAAGCGAAUAUGAAAAAGAAGUUGAAAUCGUAAGUUCUCUUCAUCCCUAACCCAUAAUUCAGAUUUGCAUUUCAUUGUUUUUCUCUCUUUACAGUUUAUUUUCGACAUUUUUAGGGUUAUCUGAACCACUGUUAUGGUUGUUCAUUUCUUAGAAUGUUCCUUUUGCAUUAUUCCGUAUGAAUUUAAAAUCCAAAAUCGCAUGCACAGUUUUUCAGCUUACAUUAUGAUUGUUAUUAUUGGAUUGCUAGGGUUUAUCAAGAAAUAGUUGCUCUAAAUUGAAUACAUAUUCUAUUUAUCAUGUUCUCACUUUUUUAAUCUUUCUGCAUAUUAAGAGAUAAACUCACAGACAAUAGAAGAGCUACUGCAGUUGUGAGGAGUGGAAAUUUUGAGCAACAAACCUGGGCCGAUCUCCCUGUUGAACUCUUAGAAUUGAUCUUCUCCGGUUUGAUUGUGGCGGAUAACA